GCGGGCAGCGUGCAGCGUGUGGGGACUCUGUGCGCCGCGGGGUAGAACGCUGCGCCGUCGGCGACGGGGAGGGCGUGGGGCCUGGGCGCCGGGAGUGCACGUGGCGAAGGCUAGGACGUCUGCGUAGGGUUCUGGGGAAGACAGCGGACUCGAUGGACCAUGCUUUGCUGACUUGCUCUCAGCGGCGGUGCGGCGGCCGGCGGGGCGAGCGCUGAGUGGCGCCGAUUGAAGUCCAAAUCGCCUGUCGCCGCCACUGUCACGCCCGAAAUGAGGCUGCGGACGGUGGCGACACUGGUCGCGUCUCUAUGCACUGCGCUCGCCGCAGCGGAGACAGUCCAACAAAACUACGACUACGAUGAGUACGACCCGAGCGCACUGUACCAGCCUCAGUUCGUCUCGGUGCCAGGGGGGCACACGGUGAAGAAGGGAGAUACAGUCGUGCUGCCCUGCGUCGUUCAAGAUCUCGGCACGAUGUCCGUGAUGUGGAAGCGACAGACCUUGCUGCUGACGUUGAAGAACCAGGUGGUGCGAGAACAGAACCGUCUCCGCCUUCUGGACGGCUACAACCUGCAGAUCAGUCAGGCGCGGCCCGGGGACGCCGACGUCUACACCUGCUCCGUGGCGCUCAAUGACAGGGACCUGGAGCAGACACAGACGCUGGACGUCCAGUAUGGACCCUUCGUCCGGACGGUCCCGGAGAGUGGGCAGAUCAUUGUGGACCAGGGCCAGAACGCCAGCCUGGAGUGUCACGCGCGCGGCAACCCCAAGCCCAGGGUGCGCUGGAGGAAAAAGGUGCACAGCACGCACAGCAUGGUGGAGCUGAGCCGGGGGGAGCGGCUGCACCUGGCGAAGGUGACGCGCUCCGACGGCGGCCUGUACGAGUGCGUGGCCGACAACAGCAUCGGCGACACGGUCACCGCCCCGGUCAACCUCCAGGUGCUCUACAAGCCGGAGACGGAGGUGGAGCGCAGUACCGUGUACACCGGGGAGGGCUUCAAAGCGCAGUUAGUGUGCUUUGUCCACGCCGACCCCAUCGCCGAGGUGAAGUGGAGCCGAGUUAACUCUCCGAUCGACUAUAGUCGAGCAACGCUGUCAAACGACAUCAUGAUCGGAACGCGCCACACGCUCACCAUCGACAACGUCCAGCUGGACGACUUCGACACGUACAUGUGCACAGCGCGGAACGGGCUCGGUUCGGCGUACAGCAAGAUCGCGGUGUCAGGGGUGGCCGACAAGGUGGAGGUGAUCAGUACGCCGAUGGACGGGGACUCGGAGUCGUACGACCUCGCCUGGAAGGUGAAGAGCUACAGUCCGAUCAUCGAGUACAAGAUCGCCUACCGCAAGACCAAGUUGAACUCGACCAGCCACAGCCCGGGCCGGUGGAAGGAGGUGCUCGUGCCCACGACGGGACGGGAGCCGGUCGACGACAUCCACUUCCAGCAGCAGGUGACGCUGACGAAACUCACAGCCGCCACCGCCUAUGACCUGCACAUACAAGCCAAGAACAAGCACGGCUGGAACCGCGUCUCAAACACCUUCCACUUCUCCACCAUCGGCAGAGCGAUGGAGUCGCGCAGCCUCGCCGCCAACCGCGGCUCACGCCCGGCGCUCUAUAUUCACCUCUACUUCAUCCUGGUGGGCGUGGUCAUCAGGAGCAUCGUCUGAGGUCACGGCACAUAUUCCUGCCAUAGAUAUCAGCCACCCCGGUAACUGAAGACCAUUCGCGGAAAUGCUGAACCCCGGGGACACCAGUGCAAACUCAGUACGGCUGAGGCAGCGGCAGGACGCAGUCGGCAUGGCCGGGUGUUUUCCCGCCGCCGUGGGCGGGGCAGCGGGUCCGGAGAGCAAACACAGAUCGUGACAAUGCCGAGGUGGGCUGGUGACCACGCUGACUCUGGGGUGACAAGCGUCGGACCUAUGAGAGCACGCGCGACAGCUGCUACUGGCGUCCACGUGUGCCACAAGCCGCGUAUGCCGGCUUGAGGAUGUCACGUGCUGCGGGCGAUACGUGUAACGUGUGAAGCACGGCAUGUCCACGUGGCGAGGGUGGUGCAGCCACGGUUCGCGUAUGCGCGCGUACGUACGUGCGCUAGUGUGUUUGUAUGUGUGUGCGUGCGUGUGGCGUGCCUGUGUGCGUGCGUGCGUGCGUGCGUGCGUGCGUGCGUGCGUGCUCGUGUGCGUGCGUGCGUGCGUGCGUGCGGAGCGUGGAGCACCAGAGCCCUCGGGCGGUAGCCCACCGACGGAUACGAGCGCCCUACAUGUUUUCUGUGUACUCCGUGGACCGGUCUAGUGCCUUGAUGGAACAGCCACGGACCGUAUGCCUGCUGUCGAAUAGCGUCGAACCACAAAUAAACGGUGUCGUCGACCGGUAGGGUGUACGGUGCCCCUGUGCAUAGGUGCGUCACAUGUGUGCAUACGCAGUAUUCUGGUGUAAAUACAUACAAUCUUAUUGUUUUA